ACGCAUCAGUGAGUAGAGCGAGCAAUUGUGUCUGAGCAAAAACUUGAAUUUGCAGUGCAUAGAAUAAGGACACUCAAUCUGUUGCUUUUAGCAACGAAAGGAAGAUUUCUUAGCUUUCAGAUAUCCGAUCCCCUUCUUAAAAUCUUACGAAUUGGUAACAUAGACAUGCUCGGAGCUCUGUUGCAAGUUCCCUGUUAAAAGAGUGGUUUAUAAAGUUCUCCUUCCAAUAAGGGGAUUAAUCACUACUUGAUAAAGGAUGGCGGAUCACCUUGGUUUACUGGUUGAUCACUUGCUAACUGAAUCAACUUUGGAGGCUGCAAUCGAAAGUAAAAACUCACUGAAGCAGGUGGAACCGGUGGCAUUUAAUGACAUGAUUAUAUGUUGUUCCUCCCAUAAGGAGUCUGAAGCUACUUUAUCUCCAAGGAAACUGGUGGAAUGCAGGAUAUGCCAAGACGAAGACAUUGACUCAAAUAUGGAGGUUCCAUGCUCUUGCUGUGGCAGCUUAAAGUAUGCUCAUCGCAAGUGCAUACAGAGGUGGUGCAACGAGAAGGGCGACACUGUGUGUGAAAUAUGCCAUCAGCAAUUCAAGCCAGGAUAUACAGCACCACCUCCAAUUUUUCGUAUUGGGGGACUAGCAAUGAACUUGAGGGGAAAUUGGCAAAUUGCUAGAAGAGACUUGAACAAUCCUCACAUUGUUGCAAGGGUUUCAACUGAUCGUGAUUUCCUAGAUCCAGAAUAUGACGAGUAUGCAGUUUCUACAGCACGAAGCAUGUUUUGCUGUCGUUCUGUUGCCAUAAUAUUUAUGUUUCUCCUAGUUUUGAGGCAUACUCUUCCUGUCGUCGUUAGUCAAGCAGGGAACUAUUAUUUCCCACCUAUCAUGUUAUCGAUGCUACGAGUUGCUGGGAUUAUUCUGCCAAUUUGUGUAGUACUGAAAGCAGUGACUUUCCUCCUACGUUUCCGCCACCAACAGGCAAUUCUAUCUGUCUCUCCAUAUGAUGAAGAAACUGGUCUAUUGACUUUACAUCAGCCACGUGAGAUUGGUGUAUGAUAAGUUGUAGUACUCAGAGCUGACCUGAUGCUUCGACACUGGAGUCAACCUGGUAUGGCAUCCAGUCGCAUUUAGGAUCUUCAAAUUGUGAAAGCUGUUAAAGCAUAGCUGCUGCAAAGAAAGAUUCAGAAAGUGAAGUAUAUCUAACAUGGUUCUGGAUGAUUAACGAAAGUUGUGUGUAGUUUUAUGUGAAAAACUAGGCAAAAAUGCCUUGCCUUGGGAUAGGGCGCUAUUUUAGAAGUUGUCCCUCCUUCCAAGUGUUAAAAGUAGAGUAGCCUUUUAAUAUGCUCCUCUUGGGGAGCAUUUGUUGUACAUUAAAUAACUGAUAUAUGUCAAUGUAUAUAUCUAAAGUAAGAGUAAAUUAAAGCUAUCGAUGAGCUACUCGAUGUGUUUCUUGA